UCAAACGCCACAUUUAUACGUUGUUUCAAAGCUUAAAAAAAAAACCUCCCAAAAAUCUUACAUGGUAUCAAAAAACCCGAACCCGGUUGAGGGAUUUUACCUGGAUCCGACUGGAAUGGCGUUGCCCGGCCUGGGACCCUUCACCACGACGGCUACGGCCGCCUCCACGGCGUCAUCUUCUGAGGAUCCGAAUAAGAAAAUCCGAAAGCCUUACACCAUCACCAAGUCCAGAGAGAGCUGGACUGAACCCGAACACGACAAGUUCCUUGAAGCUCUCCAGCUCUUUGACCGUGACUGGAAAAAGAUUGAAGCAUUCGUCGGGUCAAAGACUGUUAUCCAGAUCCGUAGCCAUGCCCAGAAGUACUUUCUAAAGGUUCAGAAGAAUGGAACAAGUGAACACCUACCUCCACCUCGACCUAAAAGGAAAGCAGCUCAUCCAUAUCCUCAGAAAGCCUCAAAAAAUGCUCAACCGCACCAACAAGUAUCAGGAUCUUUUCAGUCAUCAGCGGCUUUACUUGACACUGUAUGUGUUCUAAGAACUGAUCCCUCAUCGAUGCUUAUGAACCCUAAUACUAGUGCUGCUGCUUCUUCCUGGACGAACAAUGCACAGACCAUCAAUUUCUCACAAGCUAAAAAAGGUCCUGGGUUGGCCAAUAACUCUUGUAGUAGCACUGAGAGUACCCCAAAGACACGUCAAAUUGGGGAAAUGACUGAUCAGGGAAAUCAUGGUCAUGCUCUGAGGGUGUUGCCCGACUUUGCACAAGUAUACAGUUUCAUUGGCAGCAUCUUUGAUCCAAAUGUUAGUGGUCACCUGCAGAAACUUAAAAAGAUGGAUCCUAUAGAUGUUGAAACGGUGCUGCUGCUGAUGAGAAACCUCUCCAUCAAUCUGACAAGUCCUGAUUUUGAGGAUCAUAGAAGGUUGCUUUCUUCCUAUGAGAUUGAGACAGAGGCAAUUGAUCACGGUGGUGUGUGUAAAGCUGUUCAUAAUGACCAAUCCAAAAGUAUCACUUAAUACGUGAGGUGAUGAGAUGUGCUUUAAUUUUCAGCUGUGCAUAGUCUCUUUUAUGUCUUAUAUAAAUAGACUCUUUCUUCUUCUUCUUCUGUUUUUUUUUUCUGCUUUGAAGGCAUGCGAGGACAAGGAGCUAGAAUCAAAGAGUACAUGAUGUUCUGUUAGUAGUGUAUAAUGUUGGUAGGACCAUCGGCCGCAAAUUUCAAAAUAAUUUUCCCCGUUCUGCUGUCAUGUAUAUAUAUUGUAAGAGAAGUUAAAAGGAGAAGCGGGGUGUAGAAUGAAAGGAGAAGAGUCAGGAAACGAGUGUACAGCGCAUAUCUUGUUUUUGAGGGGUACCUUGUACAGUACGAUUCUGGGUCUUGUGUAUUCAAGUUUUGACUGCAUAUUUUAUUGUGAUAUAGGCACAGUAUUUGUCAAUGCUGCUUGCUGCUGCUGUUUUCAGGUAUAUAACAAUAUCAGUUUCUCAUUGUUUGUUGCAAUCACGUUCGCCUAUGGACGUCGAUGGCAUGUCUGGUAGCAGAACAUAAAGCUGGUACUUACCUUUUAUAGAGAGAUUUGUUAUGUUACGGGCUCUUCGAUUUCGUUGCGGCUAUUUCCAUGUGAUUUGGUAAGUGUUUGAAGGGCAAAAAGGAUGAACGUCAGGGUGAAAGGAAAAAGGGGAGGGGAAAAUCUUUGAUCUUGCUUGUAAAAUUCAACAUUUGUACUAGUGUGGGAAAUGAAAAUGGAGAGGGAAACUAAUUCAAUUCUGGAACUGUUUCUC